AUGCCGCCGUCGAGAAAUUCCGACGCACACGGCCGAAGGCAUGGACGGCGACGACGAAGCAGCUUAGCAGCCGGCUCGGCUCCUGACCGGGGAGAUGACCAGCACCACAAGCACAGUCAUGAUGACUGCGACACAUGCUGGUCCAUCCACAAGAGGAGCGAAAUCAUAGAGGCCUGCCAAUGGCGCGACAUUGCAAAGCUCGCAGCUCAUGCCGAGUCCCGCGGAGGUUUCCUCUCAGACGACCUACGUCGCGUGGCAUGGCCAAUCUUGCUCGGUUCAUCAUCUGGGGACGGGGCCGGUAGCGACCAGAUCGGGCAUGCCGUCGGGAGUCCUGCUCUCGCCACAGGAGACUGGAAGGACCUCCCACGCCACAGAGACGAGGACCAGGUCGAGCUCGAUGUGAAACGGUCCUUCAUAUAUUACCCCAACGUCCGGUCCGAUACCCAGCUCGAGCGGUAUAAAUCCGAACUUUCUUCUCUCAUCCUUGAGGUCUUGCGUCGAAGCCCCUACCUAUGCUACUUUCAGGGCUACCACGACAUUUGCCAGGUCUUCAUGCUUGUCUUGGAGCCUGCCCAGAGGGCCAGAUUGGUCUCCCGCCUGUCCAUCCUCCGCAUUCGGGACUUCAUGCUACCCAACCUCGGGCCGACCACUGCUCAGCUAGAACUACUGCCCGACAUUCUUCUCAGGGCCGACCCCGAACUGCGCCGGCACGUCGCAUCCACGGAGCCCUUCUACGCCUUGGCCGGCACCCUGACAAUGUAUGCCCAUAACAUUGAGGCAUAUCGUGACAUCUCUCGCCUGUUCGACGUUUUGCUCGCCCGAGAGCCCGUCUUUAGCUUGUAUCUGUUUGCGCAGAUUGUCAUAGAUCGCCGCGCCGAGAUUUUGGCCAUUGACGAACCGGAUAUGCUUCAGGUCUUCCUCGCCAAGAUCCCGAGUAACAUGGAUCUCGAUGCCCUCAUCGGCAGGUCUGUCUCUCUUUGCGAAACCUAUCCGCCGGACUCGCUGCCGUCAUGGAAGCGAGUGUCGACCGCAAGUGUCCUCAAGACGGCGACGAAUGUCAGCCUCUGUGCCGAGCAACGGUUCGAGGACGGUCAUGCCUACUUCCAGCAGCAGGCAAAGGAGAUCCGGCAGCUGGAGAUGCGCAACUGGGCCAGGAUGACCCUUCGGCGAUAUCGACGGCCCGCCAGGGCAAUCGGUUUCGCCGUUCUCGUUGCCGCCAUUGCGUACGUUUUGCGGCGCAACCAAUCCAUCCUCUACCACCACAUCACGUUACUAUUUUCAAGAUGA